UCCAAUAAUGAAAAUGUGACCCAACUGAAGUCUUUAAAACAGAAUAAAUGUAAUUAGACGAUGACAUUGACAAUAAAAGGCAGAUACAGUGAGGCCAUCCAGACAUGAGCAGAAUCAAGGAGCCAGGAUCACAGCCAGGACUGCAGGAACAAUCGCUACGAGGAGUUAGGAAGACCCAGCAUUCCAGUGUGGCUCGUGGAAGGGAGGUUCACGGUGGACAUGAAGUCAAUGCCAAAAAUAUCAAGGGACGAAAAAAUUGGGACAUACUCUUUUUCUCUUUCACCUCUGGCUUUUCACCUAAGUUUCCUGUUGGCCAUAAAUAGCUAGAAGCCAAAGAGCAAGGGAGACUGGGAAACGUAGUUCCGCAAGAGCAAGCAAAGUAGGUACUGACUGGUACAAAACGGACUGUAUAUACUCCAUUCAUUCAACUUGUAUUUACUAGCAGAUAUUUUGAGGGGACCUAAGAGAUGCCAGGCUAGAAGUUGGGGAUGCCCUAAUGAGCAAAAUCAAUGUGAUCUCUGUCCUGAACAGCACGGCUAAUUAACAAAGGAUAUAAAAUUCUCAGAACUAUCUCACCUAAAAAUGUAUUAAGUGCAAAGAGAGAAAAGUUCAGAGGGUUAUGUGACAGCUAAUGAUUUGGGUGAAGGGUGAGGUCCUCCACCGUUUUAACUCUUGCAAACUUGUCUCUUAAGCUCUAUGUAGAAAAUGUGAAUUCAGGAAAAGGGAAUACCCAGAUCUAUAGAAAGAAGUUUAUAGAAAUUAUUAGAUUAUUUACAUUUUUAUUUAGUUCCUGUAUAAAGAGACAUCAUGAUUUUAAAACUAUGAAAGUGAUGUUUGUAAAAUUGUGUGUGUGGAGAGAGAGAGCUGUGUGAAAGAAGAUCUUUAGAAAAACACUAGCAUUUUAAGGACCCAGAGGGUUACCAACAGCUAAUCUCUGUCAUGCUUCCAAGUGCCAACACCCCCUUUGCUUCUCGUAAUAACUUGUGAUCUUGGAGGCAUGAAAGAAUUUCAGCCCCUCCUCCAGUCUUCCUAUCUCUGCCGGUUGCUCAGACAGGCUCCAUGUCAGACCCAGUUGGGAGCACAGACCUGAAGAGCACGCAGGAAAGUUAUUCUCUCCGUGGUCAUGAGCGGCAGCAAUGGGCAGAAUGACACCCAUACCUAUCAAUCCUUAGCAGAGAACUGCCCCUUUGGCUCCGUGGAGCAGCCCAGGAGAUCCACGGGAAGACUCGUCAUGCACAGCAUGGCCAUGUUUGGCCGAGAGUUUUGCUAUGCGGUGGAGGCAGCUUACGUGACUCCAGUUCUGCUCAGCGUGGGCCUGCCAAAGAGCCUGUACAGCGUAGUGUGGCUCCUCAGCCCCAUCUUGGGAUUCCUGCUGCAGCCUGUGGUGGGAUCGGUCAGUGAUCACUGCAGGGCCAGGUGGGGCCGCCGGAGACCCUACAUCCUGACGCUGGGAAUCAUGAUGCUCUUGGGAAUGGCUCUCUACCUCAACGGAGACGCUGCUGUAUCCGCUUUGGUUGCUAACCCCAGGAAGAAGCAGAUUUGGGCUGUCAGCCUCACCAUGAUAGGUGUGGUUCUCUUCGAUUUUUCUGCUGACUUCAUUGAUGGGCCCAUCAAAGCCUACUUAUUUGAUGUCUGCUCCCACCAGGACAAGGAGAAGGGCCUCCACUACCAUGCCCUCUUCACAGGUAUUGGAGGUGCCCUUGGCUACCUUUUGGGUGCCAUAGACUGGAUGCAUCUGGAGCUGGGAAGGCUGCUGGGCACCGAGUUCCAGGUCAUGUUCUUCUUCUCUGCCCUGGUGCUAACCUUGAGCUUCAUCACCCAUCUGUGUAGUAUCCCUGAAGCCCAGCUCAGAGAUGCUCCAGAAGACAUUUCCUCGCAGCAAGGCCCUCAGGGCUCAUCACCAUCGGCGGAUGGGAUGCAAGAAUAUGGUUCUAUUGAGAAAGUUAAAGAUGGCGAUGCAUACUCAGAGCUGGCAGUGCAGGGAGGGAAAAACAAAAAAACUCCUGGACAGAGUCAGAAGGCAAUGUCAGUGAAGUCACUUCUGAGAGCAUUAGUGAGCAUGCCUUCCCACUACCGCUGCCUUUGCAUCAGCCACCUCAUUGGAUGGACUGCCUUCCUGUCAAACAUGCUCUUCUUCACAGAUUUCAUGGGACAGAUCGUAUACCAUGGGGAUCCCUACAGCGCCCACAACUCCACAGAGUUUCUCGCCUAUGAGAGAGGAAUCGAGGUCGGAUGUUGGGGCUUAUGCCUCAACUCUGUGUUUUCUUCAGUUUAUUCUUACUUUCAGAAAGCUAUGGUUUCCUACAUUGGAUUAAAGGGCCUUUAUUUCAUGGGCUAUUUGCUCUUUGGCCUGGGAACGGGAUUCAUAGGACUCUUUCCAAAUGUCUACUCCACCCUGGUCCUCUGUUCCAUGUUUGGUGUGAUGUCCAGCACAUUGUACACCGUGCCCUUUAACCUCAUUGCCGAGUAUCACCGUGAGGAGGAAAAGGAGACGCAGCAGGCAGCCUCAGGAGUUCCUAGCCAGUGUGGGAGAGGCAAAGGAGUGGACUGUGCGGCUCUCACCUGCAUGGUGCAGCUGGCUCAGAUCUUGGUUGGAGGUGGCCUGGGCUUCCUGGUCAACAUGGCUGGGAGUGUCGUCGUCGUGGUGAUCACAGCCUCUGCAGUGGCUUUCAUAGGCUGUUGCUUUGUGGCCCUCUUUGUUAGAUACAUAGAUUAGGUUUAUAAAGAGACACAGACCCAAACCUCAGACAAAUAAGGCCCAUGGCAAGAGCUCAAUCUUUUCCUGGGCUCUUCAGCUUUGGGGCCUGUAUGCCCUAUGUUGGAAUUUCACCACGUGUGCACACAUGGGGAAAGAUGAGUGUGGUAGGAUCCUCUGCCCCACUGCACCUUCCUUACUGUCCCUCAGUGCAGGAAUAGGAAAGUUAAGUUCCGCUUCUCAAGGGGCAUUUCAAGCCUUGAGAACAUCUGAGGAGCAAAUCAAUCCUACCUGUGAUGUUUCUAACAUAAUUUUAAAAAGUAAUUAAUGUACCAUUGAGAAAUAUUUCAUCAAAUUCAGAAAUACUUAAAAUAAUUGCUUAAAUUGCUUAAAAAUACUUAAAAUAAUUGCAGGUUGCUUCCUUCAUGGUGUUGAUUUAUUCAGAUUUAAUUUGCUCCCCAUUAAUUCCUGUUAAUGUAUGGCAUUCUUAACCAGUCUGCCUCAAAUGUCUCAUUCUGGAAGCGGUGCAACUGAAAAGUGUUCAU